CCUCUGUGGCCACACCUAUAUCCUGCCCUAUUUUAACAAAAAAAGAAAAAGACGCGUUUUGUUCGAUGCGGCAUUUGUUUGUUUCCCAGCGAGAACCCGGCUGUGUAAUUUGAUAGCGGCGAGGGGGGGUAAGGGAAUGCUGGGCAGCAAUGGAGCGGAGUGCGGUCCAGUGGCAGGGCUCUCCGUGCUGCACUCGUGGCACGUAUGCUUUCUACAAGUCGUUCAGUUGCCGUGGCGCCGUGGCUGCGAGGUGUCCGGCUGCGUGGAGUCUCGGAGAGUUCUACUUCGUGCGCUGUGGGCCGAAGGAGCCUGUGUGCCUCGCCGAGCUCACGCUGCUCUGGGAGGACCAGGCACAGCAUCACCUGCUGGCCAGCGCCAGACUCUACUUCCUCCCGGAGGACACACCCAAGGGCCGGUCAGGCGAGCACGGAGAGGACGAGGUGCUUGCUGUUUCUAAGAAAAUCGUGAUCCGGGUGGAGGACCUGGUGAAGUGGGCGUGUCAGGAGCCGUCCGGCUGGAAACGGAGCACUCGGGAGAACAGCACCCCCAACAGCAUCGGGAUACUGCUGUCCGGCCAGCCACAGGGGGCCAGCGUCCAGUCUGCGGACACUGCCCAAGGUGUGAGUGUGAAGGUGCUGAGCUAUCUGCAGUAUUGUCGAUUCCGCUCCAUGCACAAACGCAUGCAGGGUGUCGCACACGCCUCAAGCCUCAAGGACCCGCAUCUGUUGGCCCUGGGUGGGAUCCGGGUGACCAAUCACAACACCAGGAUUCUAUACUGCCGGGACACGUUCAACCACCCAACGCUAGAGAGCAACACCAGCAUCUGGACUGAGUUUGGAUGCACUUCUUUGAGCAUGAAGGGAAGACCCCGUAAGAGAAAAGGAAGGGAGGGGAGAGGGGCGGAGCUUGGAACACCUGACCAAUCGGAGGCCUGGAUAGAGAGAAUGAAGGACACGGUGACAGGCAGUGUGGAGGAGCAGCAGGACUGGGGGGCUCUGGGGGGGCAGUGGCUCCCCCAGCCUGAGGAGCAGCACUUUCUGGAGCAGCUGUACAGCUUCAUGAGGGACCGCAGCACUCCCAUCUGCAAGGUCCCGCACCUGGGCUUCAAGAAGAUCGAUCUCUUCCUUUUGUAUUCAGUUGUCAGAACAAUGGGUGGAUAUGAAACAGUGACGGAGCAGAAGCUGUGGAAACACGUUUACAACGAGCUGGGUGGGAGUCCUGGGAGCACCAGCGCUGCCACCUGCACCCGGAGACACUACGAGAGGCUGAUCCUGGCGUACGAUCGCUAUUUGAAGGGAGUUGAACAGCCUGUCCCCCUCCCUAAACCCCGGGCUGGAGCAGCAGCCAACGAGAAAGGGAAGCAGGCGAAAAGACCCGCAGCAGAGCCCCCCCAGAAAGCAAAGAAGGAUCCCAUGGUGGUCAAGCAUGUGGAGGUGAAGGUGAAUGGAAGACAGAAACGGGCGAGACGAAGAGCGGGGAGCACUUCGAAAGACAGCAGCAAGCAGAGUGUCAGAAUGAAGCAGGGCCAGGGACGGGAACCAGACUCUAGUGCAGGCGUGAGGAUACAGGACCUGGAGACGAGCUCCAGCCCUGCCCUGGGGGUGCUGGCCCUGGGCCUGCAGGACGACAGUAUCCCCCCUCUCGCUGCCCUGCAGAAGCUGCACCCUGCAGUGGGGGGCUUCUCCCUGCCACAGGGCCUCUCCCCCCUUGACGUUCUCAGAAGCCGACUUGGAUUGGGGCCUUCUUCAGAGGGCCCUGGGUCUGUCUCUCAGGAGCCCAGAAAGACACUCGUCCUCUUUCAGCCUACUGUUGGAGAUGGCAAGGUCAGCAGUACCCCAGGUAAGGAGCCAGGAGCCCCAAAUCCAGCGCUGAAACCCCACGGAGCCCCCCUGGCUGCCAGCCGGGGCAGGUUCCCCAUGGCUCCCCUCAGGAUCAUCCCCCUGGACAUUGACUGCAGCCUGCAGGUUCAGCAGCUCAUGAAGAGCUCUCUGGGCCACGCUCAGCUCAGCUGCUUCACCAAGAAGCUGUCAGAGGCGCUGGCCCAGGACUUGAGCAAGACUCCGGGGCCCAGGGAUUCCGUGCCGAACACUGAGGAGCAACAAGCAGUCCCUCUCAACCUGAGCAAGCGAGCCCAGGUGAAAAGGCCAGCUGACUGUGCAGAACCCCCACCUCUCUCUCCCUACCAGCCCAGCCUCCUGCACUCCUCCUAUCCACUCUACACCCCCCAGCCCAGCCAGGCCAACACGGCCAAGAAACUCAAAGCCGAGCCAGGCCCUCAAGAGCAGACUCCUGCUGUGGGACAGAAUGGCAAACUGCGGUCAAACCCUGCUGAAGCUGAAGAGCAGCCUGCAGAUCUGAGCUCACCCAGACGGGCCAGAGCAGCACUCCGAGACGGGGAGAAAAGAGCAGGUGAGCCAGGCUUGAAUCUCUUGAGCAGGCCCGCAUCCUUAACGCUAAUUCCGCAGGGGGAAGGCCCAUCAGAAAUGCAGGAAAGUGGCGAGCCAGCGCCCAUUUCUGCCUUGUCGGAAGAAUGGCUGUCUGCUGGAGAACCAUGCACUGGCUCCCCCGCUCUGCAGCAUGCUUUACCCACGAGACCCAGCUCACGAGGGAGCGUGGCAGCUGGGUCCGAGGAGCAGGGGGAGGCCAGCCCCGCAGCCUAUCCCUUGUAUCUCUUCCGGGGGAGGCAGGUUCAACUGGGAGCCGACUGCCUGAAGCAGGUGAGCUCGGAGAUGAGCGCACUGCUCAGCACCGCGUCUGAGGCCCUGCAGAACCAGCACUCCUGGACCCUGGCGCCACAUGGCCGCUGAUGGACUUACAGACUCUCCUAACCAUAAACUGUUUAAAGUCUUAUCACAAGGUUCCCGUGGAGUACAUAGGGCAGUCAGGGAGCUCCCACCGUUAACAAUCACCUACUUUUCUUUGACUUGGUGCCUUUGAAGGUGGUGCUGUCUGCUAGAAGAGGCGCUGUAUCUGUGUAGUACGUACGUGUAUAUCUCAAACGAGGUUGGCUGGUGCUAUCUCAUUAAACCUGUAGUUCAGUACGUGCUGAAAAAGAAGAGGCCAGUACUGUAUUAGAGGCAACUAUGGCUGGGUUCAAUACUUGACUGUUAUGUGUUCUAAUUGAUAGUUAUUUAAGGUAUCAUAAUCGUUCUUUGCCGAGAAAGUCGUUCACUAGAAGAAAGGUGCUUAUUGCCACAAAUAAAAUUGCUGGUGACCUUGAUAAAGUUUAGGAAUGAUAGUGUUCUUGUUUGGAACUUGCACGGGUCAUUGCACAAAUCCAAUUCCCAUAUAUAUGUAUAUAAUAUAUCAUAGUUAGCAUAAUGCAAUUAGGUAGUAUUUGUAUUAGGAUAAUCAUUUUUUAUUCCAUUUAAAUGUUUAUAAUGAUGAGACAGUAAGGGUUGCUUAAUAAGCUGUAAAGUAUAUUGCUGUAUUCUGUGUAUCGCAGCACCACGUGAAUGUGAGGGAAUAGGAGCUUUGAAGAGUGCUGUAUAAUUUGCUGGUGAUCUCACAGUUUCACUGCUCAAGUAACGUUUGAAUCCCGGUCCGGCAGUUCCAAGGCAGACAGUCCUCUCCAGCAGCAGCAGGCUCUAUUCAGUGCUGUGUGCUGGGUGUACGUGUGUGAAUAAUGUUCCAUUGCUAUUUAUUAUUGUCUACUGUUUUGUAAACUGAUGCCCAUACUAACAGGAGUGGCUCCAUUUGAGUGAUCCUUUUCUUUUAAAUGUUCAGGUGCUGUGUAACUCUGAAAGGGCUUGUGGGGGGAGGUUGUGCUGUUUCAGGAACCCCUCAUUCCUCUUUGAAAUGUUGCUGUUUUUAUGGAUUUAUUUUUGAAUUGUAUAAUAAUAAUACUUUCUGGAAUCCUAAAGCUAACUGAGAGCAAAGGAUUCUGGAAUGUAAAUGUUUUAAAUACAGUUACCACUGCCAUGUCUACCAGAUUUUAUAUAUUUCAAUCUCCGGAUGUUCUGAAAUGUACUACAAUGCAUUGUUUAUAAAAACAAAUUAUAAUUAACUUCAAAAUAAA